AAACCGAGAGGCAAACAAUGCAGAAACUCUGCUACGUGCUUGCUGCCCUGUGUGUGGCAAAUAUUGCCACCGGCGAACAGGAAGUAGACGCGGAGAUGCUGCCGAAUGGCGACGUGCGCAACUGCCCGACAACGUCUCCCAUCUUUCCGGACGAUCCUCUUUACCGCAUGGAGGUCCUGCCCGGCGCCGGUUUCGACGCUCUCCGCAGCGUGGACAUGGGACAGGUCCACGCCUACAACUACUCGCAGUGCCGCGUCUCCAACGACGGUCGCUAUCUUCUCCCGGACAGCGUCUUCGUAAUUCCUACGUUGGAAAGUCACGUGCAAGUAUUCUCGGAGUUUAUCGAUCACUGGGACGACUACACAUCAACUAUUUCUUCUUCUAUCUCGGCAAGCGCCAGCUUCCAGUCCAUUAUUAGUGGAAAGUUUUCGACCGAGUACGAAUCAGUCAAGUCGCACAUGUACCGCGACAGUUCUGUCACGACGCGCGUCCAGCUCCGUAACGCUCUCUACAAAGUGAAGCUUCAACCUGACUCGGACCUGCACCCGGUUUUCAAGGCUCGUCUGUUCGAAAUGGCCGCCAACAUUCAAAGCAACAACACGGAGUAUGCACGCUACCUGGCCGAGCUUAUGGUCCGCCAAUACGGUACUCACUACGUUACGAGCAUGGACGCCGGAGCCGUGCUCUCGCAGGUCGAUCACAUAAAGUCCUCAUUCCUAGCCAAUUCAGAAUCAAGCAGAGUAGCAGUUACUGCCUCUGCAAGUGCAAAUUUCCUCGGAAAAUUUAGCAUUGGUGUAGGUUUCAAUUUUUCAGUUACAGACAAGGACACCCAGCAGUUUAUCGACAACCGGACCUUUUCGAAACUGUACAGUUGGGGAGGUCCUCCUUACAACACCAAUAUGACGGUUGCAGAGUGGGAAAAUGGGAUUCUGAACGGCUUGGUAGCCAUCGAUCGCACAGGUGAUCCACUGUACUAUGCCAUUACCCCAACUACCCUCCCAGAGAUGCCCGAGAGCACCGUAUACCAGUUGGCAAACUUGGUGUCUCAAGCCAUUUCUCGCUAUUACAGAACCAACACUCGUCAAGGAUGCACCAACGCGAACUCCCCAAACUUUGAUUUCCAAGCCAACGUAGACGAUCACUCGUGCGAGGCAACGCAAACAAACUACACGUUCGGUGGAGUGUACCAGACGUGCACCCCGAAAAGUCGAAACUACGAAGAUCUCUGCAAUUCUGGUCCAGCGCCAGUGUCCCAGAUGAACCCUCUGACUGGAGAUGCUAGCUGUCCUGAUCCCUACACAUCUGUUCUCCUUCACAGAGGACAGUACAAGCAUACGGUCUACAAACCCGAAUGCAAGGAACACUGCACUCUCGGCAUCUUUAACUGUCGCAGCGACUGCUACAAAAAGCCGAUAACUUCUGUUGUGUACUACGAAACAUACUGGUGCGUUAACCCUGGCCAGGCAGAGAAAAACUCAGGCUAUCUUUUUGGCGGAUAUUACACUUCUGCUGUGGCUAAUCCGUUUUCGGGGAUGCAGUCUUGUCCGAGGUAUUACACUCCUCUUCACUUGGGGGUGGACGUGUAUAUCUGUGUCUCCAACGAUUACGAGCUUGGUUCUCAAGCAGCAAUACCGUUUGCCGGUUUCAUGAGUUGUGACGCUGGGAAUCCUCAAGCUUCUACCACACCUUCCAUGGACAACCCAUCUUCUUGGCCUCAUGCUUGUCCAGCUGGAUUCUCACAGCAUCUCCUGGGUUUGGACGGAGACUGUGAAAUCAACUACUGCGUGAAAACCGGUUCGUUCAACAAACACCAACUACUCCCCCCUCGUCUCCCUCCGUUUAGGAAACGCAAGCAGAUGAACCCCAACACCACCUCGACACUAGUCAUCAUAGGAAACCACGGAGUUGUGUGGUACAAGAACGAAGACGGGGAGUGGGUCAAGGACUACGACGGGACUCAGAGCGGGAAAUUGUUUAUUGACGGUUUCAACGGCGACUCAGAUCCAAGUGACGCUGGCUCGUCCUCAUCUGGCUCUCUCUCCAGAGGCUCUGUUGCGGGAAUCUCCAUCUCGGCCACUAUAGCUCUCUGUACCAUCAUUGCCUUCUUUGUGUUCAUGGGCUACUCCAUCAAGAAGAGGAUAGCCAAGAGAUGUAGGAGGGCGGGAGAGGACGCUUGCUACCUCAGCAUCAGUGAAGGUAACACUCCCAGUCCAACAAACAAUGACACCGUGUGAAAAAUGGGAGAGCUUGCACUUUCACACCGAGACUGUUGACAUUUUCUUUUUGUUGUUCAAUUUUGAGUGGCUCGUGGUAAUCAUUGUAGAGAUGUGACUCACAACACACAAUUAAGAUGUACAUUUGGGACAUAAUAAGUUGUUGAAACAAUCAAAAUGUUUUUAAAAGCUCAAUAGGUCAGGUAGUCAUAAACUUCGUUUGUACUAAAAACUCUAAGCACUUUUGAUCACGUUUUUUCCUUCUAAAGUGAUUCAAGAAUACAAAACAUGCUCUUUGUGUGGAAGCGUACUUGAAAGAGAAACGUUUCCAAAAACAGCAGUUUGCAAACAUGAAUCACAUGCUUGCGUGGUGGUAUACACAUGUUGUUUCAAGCACACGGUGGGAAAGUUUCAGUAAACUGUGCUAUACACAGACAAGCAUUGGUUCCUCCAAAGCCAAAGGAGUUAGUAAGAGCAACCCUUCGUUUAUCUCCACCCUUCCACUCUGCGGGAGUAUUGGGUACGUAGUUCAGGUCGAACGCAGUUUCAAGCGAGCUCAAAUUGAUCGUAGGAGGUGCUAGACCCUCUCGAACUGCCAACACUGUAAAUAUAGUCUCGACUGACCCACAAGCUGACAGCAUAUGUCCGACUGAGCUCUUUGUAGCUGACACUAGUAGGUUGUAUGCAUGUUCUUUGAAUAGGUCUUUCAUGGCUCUGUUCUCGGUGGAGUCACCUAGAGGGGUCGAAGUCGCAUGUGUGUUGAUAUGUCCGACCGCUUCUGGGGAUAACCCUGCAUCAUUGAGUGCUGAUUGCAUGGCUUGUACAGCUCCGGCACCGGACGGCUUUGUGAUGUGAUAAGCAUCUCCGCUCAUUCCGUAGCCGAGAAUCUCGGCAUGGAUGUCAGCACCCCUCUCCUUGGCGUGCUCCAGCUCUUCUAGUACCAGUAUCCCUGCACCCUCACUGAUUACAAAUCCAUCCCUACCGGCGUCAAACGGUCUCGAUGCAGCCUGUGGGUCCCUGUUGUAUUUAGUCGACAGGGACAUGGGUCGACAGAAUCCAGCCAUGGUGAUGUGAUCGAUACAGGCUUCUGUACCUCCAGCAACCAUUACAUCACAGGCUCCUCUACUUAUCAUUGCUGCAGCGUCUCCCACUGCGUGUGUGCCUGUGGCACAAGCAGUGGAGACCGAAUGGUUUGGACCGCGCAGACCAAACCGCAUGCUCACAAAACCCAGCCGGCAUGUUGGUAAGGGUGAGUGGGAUAAAGUAGGGAGUUAUUUUACGGUACAGUCUCUGGGAUAACAGGUCUCCCGUUCUGUGAAUGUCUGUCAUGCUCUGCAUGGAAGAGCCAAUUGAGACGCCAGUUCGCAAGGAUUGUUCCUCGUUGUUCGGGCUCCAACCUGCGUCGAUGAGUGCCUCAGACGCCGCGCAAAGUGCAAACAGCGAAGAGAGAGAAGUGCUCCUUCGCUCGGGGUCGCUCACCCAAUCGCUCUCCCGAAAUUCCCCGGGGUCUGUACCCCGCGGAACGAACCCCGCGACUUGUGAAGGGACCUGCUCGAACUCCGGAGACUUGGGAAGGUUCGUUAUUCCCGACACGCCGUCCAGAAGCCGUCUCCAUACCCGCGGUACUCCGGUGCCUAGCGGGCAGCAGAUACCGAGCCCUGUCACCACCACGCGACGACGCAUCAGCCCAGACUCAGAGAGACCUCGCCAGGCCGAACGAAUUCACCGUG